AUGCCGUUCACGUUGUCCGCCUAUGAAACAGACCCGGAAGGAAGGCCGGUGGGCCGGUCGAACAACACGGUGCUACAGAACUACGACAGACACUCGUGUGCAGGCGUUAUCAGCUUAAUUGAUGACAGGUUCAUGUUGACCAUGGAUGGCAACCUUUUCCUUAUCCACGAAGGCGACAAAUGGAUCUUACCGGCAAAGGACUUCUGCUUGGAAUAUUUAACCGAGGGCGGGACACCCGCCGUUCUGAGGGCGUUCCUGUGCACGAAUGCCAAACCACCGGUCAGUUUCCUCUUUUGGGUUAAAACCCUGUCUGUAGUGUGCCUGGUGCUCACUCUGAUCGUGUACUCCACACUGCCUUACCUCCGGAAUACCCACGGCUACUACGUCAUGUUCUACAUGGCAUGCCAGCUCGUGUACUUCGUUCUCGAUUUGAUCUAUGAUUUGGUACAAGACGACAUAAACAACCCGUUGUGCAUUCCAUUUGGUUAUUUUGCUUACUUUGCAACUCUGACAACAUGUUGCUGGUUAAACGUAAUAUGCUUCGAUAUUAACUGGAUGUUAAGGUACAACAAUUCAACAAACAGAAAUACAUCAAAAUCAGUACGUACCAUUAUGUACCAUAUUUAUUGUUGGGGAUUUUCAAGUAUUUGCGUUUCUACUGGUUAUUUAUUUCAACAAUCACAAAACGAAAAGCUACUAGAACUAGCACCCACUAUUGGAAAAUAUAAUUGCUUUUUUAACGGUAAGUUCACACAAUAA